UGGGGAAGAUGGCGUGUGACACAAACCUUGCUCUCUUAAAGGUGUUCAUGUAUGACUUACCUCCAGAGUUUCACUUUGGGUUAUUGGAUUGGAAGGGGAACGCGAACCAAACAUGGCCUGAUGUGAAUAAUCCAAAACAGGUCCCUUCAUAUCCAGGUGGGCUUAACUUACAGCAUAGUGUGGAGUACUGGCUCACUCUUGAUCUUUUGUCAUCAAACAUUGCAAAAGUUUUUAGGCCUUGUUGUGCUAUUAGAGUGCAGAAUGCAAGUCAAGCAAAUGUGGUUUUUGUGCCAUUUUUCUCAUCUUUGAGUUACAACCAACAUUCCAAAAUUCAUGGUAAGGAAAAAGUUAGUAUUAACAAAAUGCUGCAAGAGAGAUUGGUGCAGUUUCUAAUGGGGCGGGAAGAAUGGAAACGUUCUGGAGGGAGGGAUCACGUGAUUGUGGCCCACCAUCCUAACAGUAUGGUUCAUGCAAGAAGAAAGUUGUGUUCUUCCAUACUCGUGCUUGCAGAUUUUGGUAGAUACCCUUCUAAAAUAGCAAAUAUUCAGAAGGAUAUAAUAGCUCCAUACAGGCAUCUAGUAAACACUACACCAAGAGCUCAAUCAGCUUCAUAUGAGGAACGUUCUACACUUCUAUAUUUCCAGGGGACAAUAUAUAGGAAAGCUGGAGGAGCUGUUCGCCAUGAACUAUAUUACCUCCUCAAAGAUGAGAAAGAUGUGCAUUUUACGUUUGGAAGCAUAAGAAGAAAUGGGAUUCAGCAGGCAAGCAAAGGCAUGGCCUUAUCCAAAUUUUGCCUAAACAUUGCUGGAGAUACCCCAUCCUCUAAUCGCCUCUUUGACGCCAUUGUGAGCCACUGUGUACCUGUGAUCAUCAGUGAUAAAAUUGAGCUACCAUUUGAAGAUGUUUUGGACUACUCAGAAUUUAGCUUAUUUGUCCGUGCCUCGGAUGCUGUGAGGAAAGGCUACCUGCUGAAUCUUCUUCGUUCAAUCAAGCCAGAGAAAUGGACCAAGAUGUGGGAAAGGUUAAAGAAUAUCACACAACACUUCGAGUAUCAAUAUCCAAGCCAGCCUAGAGAUGCAGUGAAUAUGAUUUGGGAGGAAGUUGCACAUAAGAUACCUUCCCUACAGUUAAAUUUGCACAGGAAAAAUAGAUACCAGAGAUCUUAGCUUCUUGUCAAGACACUGAAAUGUCAAUCAAGGACCUAGGAAUAGGAGACUGAAGGAUUUAGUUUUACUUAUUUUCAACUAACAAGCUUAGCUCCCUCCCUUGUCACAAAUUUUCAGGGAAUCAUUUUUUUAUGUUCUUGAUGAUGGUUGUUUUUCUUUUAAAUUUCAUGAGAUAAUCGAAGCGAGAUACCCGUAUAAGGUACCAUGCUUUUUCUUCCUUUAGAUUUUGUAAGAUGAUUCAGAAACAAUGAUCUAACUGUCGUCGAAGUACCACAGCAAAAAGAAGCAAGUUUUAACUUCAUUCACAGGUACUUUUUUUUCCCGAGUAGAACCGAUACAAGAUCAUAUUGACUAGCAUCGUAUUAUACCCCGUGGCUUUUGUAUUGUUUAUGGAUUGGUGUGCAAGAAAUUUAAAUGGCAAAGGUUAAUUUUCAAAUGGGAACUUCAUUUUAUUUAUUUGGUGCAAGUAUGUAAUAUGGAUAGGUGAGCAAUAGAAUAAUUAACACUGUCUCCAAAUUAGGAUAAUUUC